AUGCCCCGCCCUCCGCCAUUCUCCGACCAUCACUCUCUCUUCCUCUUCCUCCUCCUCCUCCUCCUCUCUCCCACCUCAUCCGCCUUCAAGUUCAAAGAAGCUCCUGAAUUCUACAACUCACCCAACUGUAUCUCCAUUCCUUCUUCGCCUGAUCACCUCCUUUGUUCCGAUCAGGCCGUUCAUGUGGCUAUGACUCUUGACGCCGCUUAUCUCCGUGGCUCCAUGGCCGCCAUUCUCUCCGUUCUUCAACACUCCUCUUGCCCACAGAACAUUAUCUUUCAUUUUCUCUCCUCUGCCUCCACCGACACUCACUCCCUCCGUUUCACCAUCGCUAAUUCCUUCCCUUAUCUCAAAUUCCAUGUCUACCCAUUUGACGCCGCUGCCGUUGCCGGAUUAAUCUCCACUUCCAUCCGUUCCGCUCUCGAUUCUCCUCUAAAUUACGCUCGCAACUACUUGGCUUCCUUAAUCCCUCACUGUGUCAAACGCGUUGUCUAUUUGGACUCCGAUUUGAUCCUCGUUGAUGACAUUGCUAAACUUGCUGCUACCCCACUUGGGGAAACUGCCGUUCUUGCCGCCCCGGAGUAUUGCAACGCUAAUUUGACAUCCUAUUUCACACCCACUUUCUGGUCCAACCCUUCUCUGUCUCUUACCUUCGCCGGACGAAAUGCUUGUUAUUUUAACACUGGAGUUAUGGUCAUAGAUCUCCAACGUUGGCGCGCCGGCGACUACACCGCUAAAAUCAUUGAGUGGAUGGAGCUCCAGAAACGAAUGCGGAUCUACGAGCUCGGGUCUCUCCCUCCAUUUCUCCUCGUUUUUGCUGGGUAUAUAGCUCCGGUGGAUCACCGGUGGAACCAACACGGCCUUGGUGGUGAUAAUUUCAGAGGACUAUGCCGGAAUUUGCACCCCGGUCCGGUGAGUCUCUUGCAUUGGAGUGGAAAAGGGAAACCGUGGGUUCGGCUUGACUCGAACCGGCCUUGUCCACUUGACGCUCUUUGGGCUCCUUAUGAUCUCUUACAAACACCCUUUGCUCUUGAAUCUUAGUUUCAAAAAACAGGGGAAUUACAAAUUAAAAUUACAAUUACAGUUACUUCUUUGUUCAUAUGGUUUUUUUAGAUUUAGAUUAGAGGAGAUUUAAGUAUCGGUGUCCCUCAAUCUUGUCUAUAAAGAGAGAUUUUCCCACAUCUUUGUUGUACGUUAAUACAUAAAACACCUUAUUAACAAAAAGCUUCUUCUUCAUUAUAAUAAUAAUUAUUGUUAUUACA